AUGUAUAGUUGCUGGUUAACUCGUAAUCUACCUAUUAUUUUGUUGAUUAUAAUUUUGUUCCACUCGUGACUCGUUUGUGUAGUGUGUACUUGUGUACAUCACUUCUUCUCCUUCAUCGACGUUCGAAAGGUAAAGUAUUUUUUUCAUCCGCUUUAAUCUCUCUCGUUUUUAACGCCAACCACUCGGUGUUUUGCAUUCUGUGUUCCUUUGUUCAUGCUCAUUGUCUAAUUGAUUUCAGGACCAAACAUGGGCCAAAGUGUAGUUUUUAGGAGGCGGCUGUCGUACAACACCAAAAGUAAUAGGAGGCGUAUGUACGUAUCUGGAUUUGCAUUAAUGAUCGGUUCGGGUAUUGAACUUGUUUCAUUCUACUAAUUUUUUGCAUUUAAUUUAUUUUAGGGUACGUACUCCUGGUGGACGAUUGGUCUAUCAAUAUUUGAAAAAGCCAAAACGUGUACCAAAGUGUGGUAACUGUAAGAUUAAGUUACACGGUAUCAAGCCAGCUAGAGCAAUCGAGAAACAUCGUAUGUGCAAACGCAAGAAGACCGUGAAACGUGCAUAUGGUGGAGUUUUAUGUCAUAGUUGUGUUCGUGAAAAGUAAGUAUAGUAGUAGUAUGACAAUUUUCUUUAAAAUAUGAUGUAAAUUAUAUAACUCAUUAAAAGUAUAUUUUAAUAAAUGAUGCGUAUAAUUAUAGGUAAUGAAAAAAUAGAAACGACAUUUCCAUACUAAUCUUUAAAGAGACUAUCUUUGAGAUAGGGGCUAAUUGAGUUGAUUAUUAAACUGAUUUUAUAGUAUGCGAAAUCCUAGUAUCAUGUGAAAAUCUCUUAAACAAAUUGUCUAAGUUUUAUAUCAUUCAAGAAACUGUCAUUUUAGGCUAUGGCCUAUCCAUUUCUUUAUUAUGUAUGGGUUUAAUUGUCUAGGUAUAGUCAAUUAAAAAAAAAAUUGUAUCUCAAUUUCAUGAUUAAAUUAUUACUUAUUUUUAAAAUACUUUGAAUGAAGUUGGUUAUUGGUUUUUUGUAUAUCUCAAAUAGUAGAACAUUUUAAAUUUGUAUUUCUUAAGUUUUAAUAUACAGGUAUAUGUAAAAAUAUAAUCAAUUGCAUUGAAUGUCCUUUAAUUUAAUCGUUUAGGUAGUUAGAUUUUAUUUGGGGUUCUGUACUUCCAUCACCAACAUUCUUUUUCUGUCUCUCUAGUAAUAUAACAAUACUACAUUUUUGCGAUUGUGACUGAGUGUUUAGGAGUAAUAUAUUUUUUUUUCGGUUUCACCCAAUAUUAAUUUAUUAAGAAAUAGAUUUAUAGUAAAUGCUUUAUACAAUUUACAAUAACAUAAAAAAAAGAAUUUAUAGGAGAAUCUUAUUCAAGGGAUACAUAGCCUUUUCUAAAAAAAAGUUAGUUGUGUUAGUUUUGCAUUUUUUUAAAAUAGCUAAUUCUUUACAUCUUGUUAUUUGUGAUUAAAUUAUAAUUUAAACUUUACAAUUUAUGUUCUAAGACAUUAAUUAGUAAUUUCACAGGGAUAAAAUCUGCAGAUAUGAUCUUAUCUUAAUCAAAAAAUCACGUUCCACAUUCAAUCUUUAUAAUAAAUACUAUAAAUGACAUUUUAUGCCAUAUUUCAAUCAGCUAACUAAAUGGACUUUCAAAGUGUAGGUAUUGGUUAAUGCUGUACAUUUUUAUCAGAUGAGCACGAUUGAUAUACAAUAAAUUACUAUCAGUUGAUCAUUAAUUAUCUAAUAGCUAUUAAUUUAUUUCAUUUUGUGUGUUGUAAUUAUAACUGAUUAAAAGAAUACAUUUUUUCAUGUAAACCUCUUAAUGUCAGUUUUUCAAUCACAUAUGUAUCAAAUAAUACGAGUUCUUUGACCAAUAGACCAAAAUAAGACUUAUUCAAUUAAUAAGUAUUGUAAAAUAGUUGGAUAAAUAACUUGAAACAAUAAUACAAUUUUAAUGUAAAAAAAAAAAUGUUUAAAAUUAUAUUUAUAUUCUUUUUCGAAAAUGCAUACAACCAUUGAACUGUAUGUACUAAAAGGGUGGACGAUUAUAUUUAUAUAAAUCUGUUCUACCUACCAUCACAAUAUUCUUACAUUGAAAAACAAAUUACUCAUUUUAGAAGUCUAUUCAACAAAUAGUAGCAUCUGGAAAAUAACUGUAAUUGAAAAACUAAACCUAAUUAAAGGUUAAUAAAGUAGUAUUUCUUGGGUUAAAUAUAAGACAUUAGAGUUUAAUUUAAAAUAUGUUAUAAAUGUUUACAUUAAGGGCGUAAAGAAGGUUACAUCAUAUAAGUACUAGUGAUUUAAUCGAUACAAACUCCCUAAAGUAAUUACAGCAUUUGAACACUCUUGGUACUAACAAGUUUUAAGCCAAGGCUACAAAUUGCUGUACAUUUAAUUACUAAAAGUUGAAAUAGCAUUAAAUUAAAAUAUUGCCAUUAGUUAUAAUAAAAUAAUAUUUCUGUAUUAUGAUACAUACAUUAUUUGUCAAUUUGUUACUUGGUGGUAACAUUACUUUUACUAAUGACAGCACUUGUGUGUUGAAAGUGUGAUCUUGUAUAUUUCGUAUCCUAUUUGUGCUACGAAAACAAUUAAAAACUAACAAAUAUAUUUUAUGUCUAAUAGGUAUUAUGUUUUUUCAUUAUAAUAAUAAACAUAGUAUCAAAGCAUAAUUUUAAGAAAUUAGAUAACUAAUGAAAAUUAAUUAAUAAUGACAAAAUCAAUAAUUAGGUUUUAUAAUAUAGUUAAUAAGUUAGUAACAAUUUAUGUAGUUUUAUACCACAUUGUAAAUUAUGUUAAUAAUCAUUUGAAUAAUUUUGAUUUAUAAAUUCUAAGCGAGAAUUUUAUUGGUUUUACAAAGAUAUUAAUUUUUUUCUGUGAAAACUUAUAUCAGAAAUUUUGCUCCGAUUUUCAAAUGUAGUACUUUUUGAUAGGAAAUCUGAAUGAGGUGGUACUUUAGGGGUGACUUUCUUUAUUUUCCCAGGGUGUUUUCAUAAUAGUUGAGAUAAACUGAGAAAAUGUAUUAUUUUUAAAUUGUAAAUUUUAUAGUCUUUUAAAACAUGUAAGGCCUAACUCCGCUCACAAUUAUUUUUUGUUAGCAAUGAUUAAUUGUUCCGUACAGAUAUAAUAUAUACUCAAUUUCCCCUCUACCUUCCCAACUUCUCACCUACAACAGUACCUCACCUAUCGUGUGAAGUAUAUCAAUUUUUUUAUUCUUCAAAAAUAUUAAUUUAUCAUGUACUAAACUCAGGUAAUCAUGUAUACCUACUGGACAUUAAUAAUAAAUAAAAAGUUUUUAGUUAAAUUUUCUUAAAAUAUUAUAUAUUGUAUCUAGUUUUAUUUUCAGUUGCAAUUUAAUAUCUCAGAUAAUAUAGUUAUUUGUUGUAAAUUAGACAUUUUAAAUGACUUUUUUUUAAAUUGUUGUUAUUUUGAUUUUAUAGGAUCCUCAGAGCGUUUUUGGUUGAAGAGCAGAAAAUUGUUGUGAAAGUUUUACGUUCUCAGAAGAAUUCAGCUAAAAACAAGUUGAAAGCUGCUAAAUAAGUUUAUUAAUAACUUAAUCAAUUUAAUAAAUAAAAAUAAAUGUUAAUUUUAUAACAGAUCUAUGUUUAUUCUUUCA